AUGGGCUGGUUUCGCCGUGUCCGAGGCAAGGGCCCCAAGGCGCCCGCCUCCGAGCCCGCCAUCCCCACCCACGUACGCCGAGAAUCCGCCGACAUCGUUGAGAUACACCACGCCGACGCGGACGGGUCCUCGGACGACGGCCCACACCCCCCGCUUGGUGCGCCCGGGACACGCAUGGCGACUCUCAACCUCUCCCCCUCUGAGACCAACCUCUACCUCCAGGCGCUCGCUGGACUGGAUAACGUCAACCCAAAGCUCCCACUGUGGACAGAGCCAGCUCCCAGUCUCCCCAGCGUUUCGAUAGAUGUAGAGCCGAUCCUUACCCCGAAUAUCCCAUAUCCAACCACGCCAGACAUUAUUCCGGCCCUGCACCCGAAUCGCCAGAACAGGCAACAUGGCUUGCUCGUCCUUUCCGGUGACUCAGGAGUGCAGCUCACCGGUUUCCCUGCCGCAGUUGUACCAGAGGUGGACGCCGCGCUGCAGACUUGGAAAUCGGGAGUCGCCGUACGCAGCGACGAACUCGAGGACGUGGUAAAACGCCAUCCCGAAAUGCCAGUGUGCUGGAAGGCUGAGUUGAAGGGCAAAGUCUGGCGACUCAAAGGGACGCAGGAACUCGAGUCCAUCCGCCUGCUACUUGUCAUCUUCAGCGCUCUCGCUCACCAUGGCUACACAAUGGUUGGUACAGUCCAGCCAGCCGUGUCCAAGCCCGAAUCCCACAACCUUCUCUUCACAUACACGCCCAACGUUGAAGAAGUGCCGCCUUUGUUCUUCGCGGUUACCCUUCCACUGCCUGACCGGAUCUCUCUGGUCAACCCUCCGCAGCGGCUCUCGAGCCAGCUUCUCGCAUCCAUUCGGAGUGCCAUUACUAAUCUUCACCGCCCACCACCGUCACCCAACCCUUCACACUUUAGGGCAAUCAAGCUCGAGGGCUGGGUUCAUCCCGGGGUCUACCGGUUCUGGCUCGCAGGUCUCCGCCGCUGGCCCGCAGGGGCUGGCGGAGUAAGGAGAGACGUCAUUGCCAGACUCCAGCCCCUACUCGUCCUCGGGAUCACCGAUGCUGUCAAGUCGAACCAGUUGACCUUUGUCGGCUCCGUUCCCCUCCUUCCACGCACCACCGCCCGCGACGUCCUGAUCUUCUCCAGUACCCCAGAGUCUGGGCUGUGCCACCGUGACGCCUACUCUGAGGAGAACGAGAGAACGAGAGCCACGGCGAUCAUCAAUGGCCUAAGCACUGAGGAUCAUACCGGUAGACCCCGCGAGCGCAACCCCAGCCUCAUAGAUCGGGCCCAUCCAGUCCAGAGCCUCCGCCGCAGCGGUGGCAGCCACACAAGUACCGACUUUUAUCCAGGUGCUCAUCAAUCCACCUCAACUUCUCCGACCAAGCCCAGCCUCCACAGGCUCCAAACGCAAGCCAGUUAUGGCGAGAGUACGUUCUCUCGACCCAGUGCGCGUACCAGCCUGGAGCGCGAGCGACGCAUUUCCGCAGAACGGAUGUCCCAAGACUCGCGCCGCCCGUCCCACGCGUCACAACCGCCGACAUACUUGGAGCGAGACCGGCCCAGUACCUCGUCCACCAAGGUGGAGCCCGAGCAUCUGCACAUGCUCAUUGCCAACACAUCGCCCUCCUCCUCCCCUAUAGGCUCACCCUCGUCGCCUGAGAGCUCGGACUCGCCCAUAAUAAGCUACAACAACUUCCUAUACCACCCUAUCGGUUUUGGUCCAGGCAGCACCCACACCAACUCGGGCGUCUUGGGCCUUGCCUCGACCCCGCCUCCCAGCCUCAUCGGACCGCGCCGCCUGAGCACCGCUCCCAAAAUGGUGUACCCGCCUCUCUCUCCGGGCUACGCAGCUGAAGGAGUCGAUGGCCAAGUUCCCCUCCUCUCGAUAGACACGGACUCCGUCUCGGCGCGCAGCAGGUACUCGAGAGACUCACCACCGCGUGACGAUGAUGAUGACGAGUGGAACCCUGAGCCGCCUAACGCGAUAAAGUCAUCCGUGAGCGACAAAUCGUCGGUAUUCGUCACGCCGCCCUCGUCCCCGGGCCCCCGGUCGCGCUCGCGCUCCCCCAACCCUUACAACGUGAGUGGAACGCCGCUGCCCAGAGUGCCUGUGAGCCCCUCGAUGUCACCUGCGCCAGCCCCCCCUCCGAGCCGAUCGCCCCACCGCCUCCCACCCAUCGCCGCCGCGCACCGGGCCCACUGGCCGUAUGAAAACGGCGAGGGUCACGACGAAGCCGUGUAUCUAAUAAACCGUGACCGGGCUGCCAUGCUCUCCCGCGGCAGUGUCAUGUCUGAGAUUUCCGUCCUCAGCACAACAUCCUCUCGCCCGGCGGGAGUUGGAAGCACGCGCACGCGCGUCAACCUGACGAUGACCAAGGAGUAG